AUGAGUUUCUUAAAAAUGUUUUCUUUCCUUCAAAACUAGGACGACUCUAAUAUCGAACUAGAAACAAUAAAAGUUAAUGAAUAAGGAUUCCACUAGUUUAAUGACUUAAAAAAACUUGAGAAAGCAUGCAACAAAAAAUUAGAUUUUGUUAAAACAACACUUGAUGACAUGAAACCAUAAUUCGAGGAGAAAAAAUCAUUUAAGAACCAAGAAGAGAAAAUAAGAUUUAAAAUACAUGAAUGCUCAAAUGAACUCGAACUAGCAAAAGCUUAAAUUAACAAAAUAAGCUAAUUUAAGUUUUAAGAAGAAAAAGAAAAUAAUUCUAUAAACGAUAUACUGAAAAUACUACUUGAAAAAUUUGUAAUAGUAAGAUAGUAGCUGCUAGAAACAAUAAAUUCCUUCUAAGAAAAUUAGAAUAACCAAGUUACUGAAUAAAGAAAGACAAUUUAAAGACUCUCAUAAGUAUUUGAAACUGAAGUAGAUCAAUAACAAAAAUAAAAAUAUCAGUAAAUCAUCUAUGAUGAAUAAUACAUUCUAAACUAGAGACAAUAAUAAAUUUAAGAAAUUCUAUACUAAUUAAAAAACGUUGUUGAAAUGGUUUCAUAUAUAGACUAAAAAGUAUAUGAACAAGGACUUAUGAUUGGUAAAUUAAUUAAAAAAUUUUGUUUAAACUAAAUUCAUUUUAUAAAUAGAUUAAGCACUUACAUAAACCGAAGAAGCAAAAGAAAAUACAGAGAAAGCAAAAUAAGAAAUGGUACAAUUCUAAAGAAUUAAUAAAAACGAAUGCUCUAAUGUUGCAUUUUGCUUUUUAGUAGGAACUAUAGUAGUAGUUGUAAUGCUUGUUGCAACUGCUUGAAUAUUGAUCUUUUUACUUAUUUAUAUAUAUUUAACCAACUAGAAUAAAUACUCAACAACUUACAAAAUAUCCUUACUUUAUUUAUAUAAUUAAAAAUACUCCGAUUCUGUACUCUAAUAUUUAUUUAUUUAUAUAUGUAUUAAUUUAAUAUUUUAAAAACUGAAGAAAAUUAUUAAUAUGUUGUUGCUUAAAAAUACAUUAAAACAUUUGAUUGCUUCAAAUAUUCAAAAUUAAAUUUUGAAAUAUCUUUGACUACAAAGAUUAUUUUAAAUAACAAAAUUAGUUUACAUAGUUAGCUUUAUACUUACUAAAAUAAAAAGUUUUUGAUGUUUAAAUUAUUGUCAAACAUGAAUCAAUUAAUCACUCAAUAAAUCAAAAUCUUCACUUGA